CGCAGCCAAUCGGCGUUAGCAUAGAGGGCGUUCGCGACAUGCUGCGUCGCGACACCUCGACUAUGCUCAUCUACAGGAACAUGCUUCUGAUCUACAGCGAUGCGGAUGACGAUUCGGAGAUCGUGUUCACGCUAAGGUCACUAGCACAGGCUGCGAUCAUCUUUGUUAUGGCCAUCGCAAUUAUCAUCACCAAUGUGCUCAUCAUUGCUACGCUUGUUAAUUUUAGAGGUCCUCUGGAAGUGAUCAACAUCUACCUGCUGUCUUUGGCAGUGGCAGAUCUACUGUGUGGUCUGCUGGUAGUGCCUUUAUCCGUGUACCCUGCUGUGGUGGGAGACUGGGUGUACGGAGACAUCAUAUGCCGAUUGGUAGGCUACGUGGAGGUCACAUUAUGGGCUGUCACUGUCUAUACGUUUAUGUGGAUCAGCGUGGACAGGUAUCUGGCGGUCAGGAAACCGCUAAGGUACGAAACGUUGCAGACGAAAACGAGGUGUCAGUGUUGGAUGGUUUUCACAUGGAUAAGCUCAGCGAUGUUAUGUUGCCCCCCACUGCUGGAUUUUGCAACGCCCCUCUUCGACAAAGAGGCCUACAUUUGCAUGCUGGACUGGGGAAGUAUGGCCGCUUACUCUGCCACGCUCUCCAUCCUGGUGCUUGGCCCGUCGCUCAUCACUAUAGUUUACACAUAUUCUUAUAUCUUCAGCAUGAUGCGAAAGUUACGGAGCGGAGUGCCGUUUCACGACAAAGAAUACGCCACUGCUUUAGCAGAAAACCUAAACAACCCCAGUCACAUGAUGUCCUUCGCUCUAGUUAUAUCCUUCUGGUUAUCCUGGGCGCCGUUCAUCAGUAUCAACCUCUACGAAUACUUCACGGAACCUAUGCAACAGGAGCAAGACCUCCACUUUGGCAUCGUGUGGCUGGCCUUCCUAAACUGCUUCUGGAAAUCCGUGAUCCUCAUAGCGAUGUCCCCCGAAUUUCGACUGGCAUUGAAGGUACUCUGCAUGACCAUCUGCUGCAGGUACAAAGGCCGCCGGUUGCAGGCCGAGCUCAUCAAAAUGGGGAUGGAAGUGGACGAGGAUCAGGAAUAUGGCUGCUACACUUCGGAAUCGUGUGGCUGGGGUUCCUGAACUGCUUCUGGAAGUCCCUCAUCCUAAUAGCGAUGUCCCCGCAGUUCAGACUGGCCCUACGCGUCUUCUGCAUGACCAUCUGCUGCAGGUACAAGGGGGGCCGGUUGCAAGCGGAACUCAUCGGCAUGGAGGCCGAUGACUGACUACGCUUCCUGGUGCUUUGCCUUCGCAGAUGCUGCCCUAUUGGGAUGCGGGGGCCAUCGCUGGCCGACUGCGGAUAUCAACUACUCGGUCACAUAAGACGUUACUGGUGCCAAUUUUAUCAUAGACACGGACUAUUCUCACAGCAGUAAUGUGUGUUUAAAAACUAUGAUUCCGUGAUACUGCUGCAAAAACGUUUCUCCGAAGAGCUAUAGUGAAUCGUCAAAGUCAAUUAUUAUAGAGUAAGGUAGCUGUGAAACGGAAAGUCUAGUUCAGUAACAUAUGACAAAAUCACUCAGAAACUCUUCCAGUACAACUAACGUGUUCCUGUUGUACAAAAUAUGCAAGCUGGGUUGCGUUCCUAAAUUGUUACUGAGUGUACUUUGUAGUACUCUAUAACAAUUUCAGUAUUCAUAAUGGUACAUACCUGUUCCGUGCGUUCUGAAAUAGAACAGUGGUCCUAGUAAGUAAUCCUUCUGGAACGUGAAAAGUACACUUUUCUUUCCGUGCUCAAAACCAUGGUACAGAAGUGUUGCCAGUUAUCAUUCUCAUGGUUCACUUUUUGUUUACUCUAUUUCGUUAUCAAAAAGUGUUAAAAACUAGCAGAAUUUAUAUUUUUCACGGUAAGUGGGCUACCUCGUGUCCAUAACGUUUCUUAUAAUAAAAGAAUGGUCGCAGAAAACGCGAUUAGAAAUAAAUGUCAUCGAGUGUCAUUACAUGUAACAAUUUAGGUGUUCGAAAAAUAAAAUUACACAGUAUUUCAGAGUAAAAUUUCAUCUGUCAAUCUACAUUCCAUUGCUCAGUACGGUGUACAGUGUUACAUUACUACUAAUAAACGCACCCCCGCAGUUCCGUUACGUUGUUUUCAUAUUAGCUUCAAUCUAGUAUUUGUUCAUUAUAUUGAUUUAUUGUUUCUGACACGAUGUCCAGCUAAUAUGGCUUCUUGUCAAGUAGCAAGCAAGAUGACAAUCGUGUACCCGAUCCUCAGCUUGUUCACAGAUCAGAGUCAUAAAAAAUCAGAAUUUUAGUAAAACAAAGAGCAAAAACAAGCAGUUGAAAAAAUAAUGAUUAACGAUGAGAAAAAUGAAUAUGUGGAUACCCCGCUGAGGCUGUGUACACGUGUGUAUGAACUUCUUUGUAAUCAAAGGUACACAACGUUGGCACUAGUGUACAAUUCGCUAAUUGUGACUCGCUUGCAUUUCGGCACUCGACCAUAUGCAAUUCAUUACGUGACAAUUUUCCAUGUAUACAUUCAUAAUGUUACUGAACUAAUCCGAUUCUAUCUCUUAUCUCUUUCAUACUCGCAUACCUACAAAUCUGUAAUCGUACGGACUGUACUUCAGCUGUUAUGAGAUUAUUUGUUACAGGUACUACUAAUAAGUUGUUUUUCUGUAUAUAGCUCGUUUUGAAUGACGAAUAGUUAGACAUGUAGUCUUGACCAACGAUGUCAUUACCUAAUGUAACUUGAGUUUCACGAUGUUCCAAUUUCAACUUUUGAAUAGCCCAGUUUUUGUUGUGGUGUUUGAAAGAAUUAAUGAAAACUUAAGUUAGGAAGAAUGUACUUCAAACUGAAAAUUAUCUUUUGAAAAAUCGUGUAUUCUCCUG